GUUGAAAGAACUGGGUAAUAACUUUCAAUAUGAACCUGGGGCUGCAGCUGGUUUUGUCUUGAUUCAUAUCUUGCAGAUUGAGAAGUGUCCACACAGAACCAGGCAUCGUUGCCCUAAAGAUGUUUGUUGUCUAACUAAUGGAUCCCUGUCCAGCAUUCUGUUACGAGCCUUCGUUCUCUGACGUCACCCCCAGGCCCUCGCCUGAUGUGCUGAGGGAGGCCCAAGCCUAUCACAGGCAAGACAAAAUGUUUGAAUGCGUAUCCUUAGACUCUGAGGAAUAAUGACUGAAUGUGAAAAUAAACAUGAUCAUUAAUCUGUAAUAAAAAGAUGUAUUAGCUGCAGUCCUAACAGCGAUUUAAACAGGAACCAGCCAAAGUCAUUUUAUAGGGAAACAAAAAGCCAGAGCAUAGUAGAUCAGGUCACAUCAGAAUCAGUAUUUCCUGUGGUUGUUGAUGUAUGAUAAUCUGAAAUCAUCAAACUGUGGAGGUUUUGUCUUUUUAACUGUCCCAAAUUGACAAGACAUGGUUACUUUUGCUCACUGAAAGUUUUGGUCCCUCUGCAUUUGGUCUAACACAUUGGGGCCCAGACGAGGCUGCAACCCCUUCAGGCCUCCAUACCGAUCACACACCUGCUCCACGAGCAGCAGCUCUAAUGGGAUAACUGUUCCUAAAUGAAUUUCUACUUGUGAGGGUGUGGAAACAUUUAGUGGCUGACAACUUUAAGUGAGUGAGUGCAUGAGAACAAAUGAAGGGCAGAGCCAGAUACAGUGGAGAGGCUUGUUUAGUUAGGAGGGAAAAAUAAUAAACAGACCAUGGCAGGAAGACAGCAGGAUAUGGACAGUCUCUUUUCGCUGCUUCCCCUCCUCCUUGUGUUACAUAAGCCCCACACUGGUGAGGGGGUUGUUUCUCUGCCUGUGCUCUCUCACAGAAGUGUGUUUUACAGCAUAGAGUAAUGGGUUUGAUGAUCAUCGCCGUCCUGGCCGUGUUAACGGGGGUAACUGGGAGCCCCGGUACGACUGUCAGACCUGAAGGUGCAUCAGCAGACAUGCCAGCUGGGAGCCCCGGUACGACUGUCAGACCUGAAGGUGCAUCAGCAGAGAUGCCAGCUCAUCCCAACAGCGUACUUCAGGUGGCAAAUAACACAGAGCUCUCAGCACAGGGGUCAAUUAUUUGGAAGGGUGAGACGGGCAGAAAAGUUGCCAAAGGAGAUCUGGUGAAAGUAUCAGCAGUGGAGAAAGCUGAGGAGGAAGUGAUGGCGACUGGCGAGCUGAACCCCAGUCAUUACCCUGCUCGGAGGGCAGCCCAGGUGAUCCAACACCACCUCAACACCCACUACGGCUCACCAUACAGGCUGUUCAUGCUGCACAAGGUCCACAGGGGAUACGCAGAGGAUGUGGCAGACUCUGGAAGAAAGUAUCAGCUGGAUGUCUCAGUGGAGGAGCUCUUAAGCAAUACAACAGAGAAAGUCUCUGCAGAGGUUUUCUUUCCCAGGGGACAGAAUCAGAGCUCACCCCAGGUCCAGGCCUCAUGUGAGGAGCUGCUUAAAAUCAGCACUAAAGAACAAGAAGAGGCCCUGUACCAGAAGUACAAGACGAACCAAAGCCUGCUGUCAACACAGCAUUUACCUGACAGCCACGGCCACAUGGAGCCUGACAUGAAGCCGUUCUGGCAUCUGGGCAUCAUAGCCUCCAGCUACAUCAUGCUGAAUGAAUCCACGGAAAACACACUGUACAACAUGGCUCAGGUGGCCAACGUCACGCAGCUGGCAACGGAGAACGACCAGCUGAAGUUUGAAUAUCAGAUACUGCUGCAUGACGUGGUGUCCCAGGAGAUCAUUCGCUGGAAACUGCUGUUCACCUGGACUCCUUCAGAGGGAGUAAAAGUGCUACAGACGGAGAAGCUGCCUCGCUGUCACUGUAAACAGCCUCUAAACAUAAACUAAACGGCUGACAUGUGUCACACUGCCAUUACGACUAAAACAACGCCUUGUAUUCAAAAUACCGGAGCAUGAAUGUGUCGAUGAUGAAGCUGCCAGUUUUAAAUGAAGAUCUACUGCUGAUGUUUGCGAUACAAACCCUUUGAACUGCAGAAGGGUGGAGUUUCCACCAUCGGGAGUUAUAGUAGUGCAUCAUAUAUAAUGAUAUUGUAUCCUUACAUUGUCCUGUAUCGUUGGUUUAUUAUAGCUCAAUUAAACUGUUUCUACAGACUACUGCCUUAGUCAG